UCUCUUUAUAACUACACUGGACCUAUCACCAUCACUGCCGGAGAAUGAGCAACCUUCCAAUUAACAUACAUUUUGAUUAUGAUGGAUAUUAUUCAAAAACCGGAGAUGCAUAUCAAUGGAAUCCAAGGGUACCUGGCUUGUACGGUCUAUCGUUUAGGACAUCAUCAAUGGAGGAGAUUACUUAUUCGCGGUUAGUAGAUAAGAUAUGCAUGAAGAUGAGGAUAGAUGAAUCUACAACAAAGGUGAAAUUGAGUUACAUUCCAUCGGGAGUUCAACCUCCUACAUAUUCGUAUAUUUGGAAUGAUGAUGAUGUAUAUGUUUAUCUAACAACGUUGGAUAAAGAGAAAAGAAGUGUCUUGCAUGUAGAAGUCAGUAAUGAGUUGGAAAUAGUUCUGUUAAACGAGCAAGAGUCGAGAGUACAUAGAAGAAGUUCAGUUGGUGUGGAUUUUGCUGAGCAGAUUUCCGAUGGUAUAGAUAAUGAUAGAGCUAAUGUUGAUGCCGUAACUCUUUACGCAAACGAGCCACUAGCAGAACAACUUUCUGAGCCUUUGGAGCCACUAGAAAAUGUUGUUAUCAGAGAUGUGGAAAAUGGUGUUGAUAACAAUGCGGAAAGGAGUACGGAGAAUGAUGGUAUUCGUGAAUAUGUUGAGAAGCCACGUGCACGCCAAAACGCUAAGUUUAAAAAGCCAUGGGAAGAUGGUCUUGAUCUAGUAAUAGGUCAAGAAUUUGAAAGCAAGAAUGAUGUGCAAUAUUUAGUUGAGACAGGAGCAACUCUGAAUUUAUUUGGAGUGUUUACACUCAACUCGGAUACGCAGCGGUAUGUGGUAAGAUGUGCUGAAGAAGGUUGUAAAUGGUAUGUACGAGCUACAAGGGCUAAGGAUUCAACUCGAUUCUCGGUUCGAACAUAUAGGAAGAUGCAUAUAUGCUCUCGGUCGACUACUGCUACGGGCAUAAAAAAGAGAGGCACACCACGUUUAGUUGCAUCUGUAUUGCAUGAUGGUUUUCCAGGUAAAUUCAAGACCCCAGAUCCUAAAACUAUCAUUGGUCUUGUUCAGGGAAAACUUGGUACAACAGUGUCAUACUCGACUGCUUAUAGAGGAAAAAAACUAGCUGUUAGUGAUAUUCGUGGUAGUCCAGUCGAGAGUUUCAAGAUGAUUUAUUCUUAUUUGUAUAUGUUAGAGAAGGUGAAUCCUGGAACAAAAACUAGUGUGUGGUUUUUUGAAACUCUGAAAACCAUCAUACCGGAUAGUCCUGAAUUGGUCUUCAUGUCUGAUAGAAAUCAAAGCCUUAUCAAGGCAGUGGCUGAAGUGUACCCGAGCUCUCACCAUGGAAACUGUAUCUAUCAUUUGUCACAGAAUGUGAAAACAAAAGUUACACACAACAGAGAAGACGUUGCUAAAAAAUUCAGGGAAAUUGCAGCCAUUUGUACAGUUUCUGAGUUUGAGAAUGAAUAUGCAGAUUUCAGAAGAAGGCACCCUAAGAUAGCCACAUAUCUUGAUGAUAAGACCGAUUUAGAAAAAUGGGCAAGGUGUCAUUUUCCCGGAGUAAAGUACAACAUAGAUACCAGUAAUGCGGUUGAAUCUAUGAAUGGUGUUUUUAGCAAGGUGAGGGGGUAUGCGCUGUUACCUAUGAUAGAUUCAAUUAUUGAAAAAUUUGCAGAAUGGUUCUGCAAUAAUAGGACAGAAGCCAUAGGUGGAUCAAAUGCACAGAAACUUGUUCCUUUUGUGGAGAACGACAUACACGAAACAUGUGAGGUUGCAAUCAAAUUAACGGUGAAGGAGCUUAACACCUACGAGCUUCAAUAUAGUGUUAUUGGUCGCGAUGCUCCGAGCUCGAGUGAAACCUCCUCUAGUCGAACAAGAGUAAAAGUUGCUGGGAUUCCAAAGAGGUGUAGAUGUGGCGACGAGAUCGUUGAAAAGAUCUCCAAAUCAGUCCCAAAUCCUUACCGCCGCUACUACCGAUGCAAAUAUGCUUAUGAUAGAAACCUUAUGAACGAUAGCCAUGUCUUCAAGUGGGUGGACGAGGCAUUGGUAAAUGAGGUAGAACAGUUGGAUUUUCAAGUUCGUGUUCUUGAAGAAGAAGUUGCACUGCUAAAGGUGGGAAGACAGAUAGAAACCAACGAAAUUACAAAAAUGAUGGUACCUUUUUUCGUUGGUUGUCUUCUCACAGUUGUUCUUGUAACUUGGUAUUUCUAAGUACAACUUUGUAGUUCUUUUGGACUUGUCUCAAAAAUAUGUAUUUGGCGAAUUCUAGUAUUGUAAGUCCGAUUAAACCUAUUUCUCCUAGUCAUUGUCUUCUAAUUCCUAUCUAUUUGUAUUUAAAUUUUGGUAAUGUUGCAAAAAUAAAACCUAAAUAGCUGC